AUGUUGGCUCCGCGACCGAUGAUCCUCUUGGCGGCGUUGCUGCCCUCGCUGGCCCUCCUCGUCCCAGUGCAAGCACAUGUCGUCGAGCAGCGAGCGGACAAUGACGACGAUAGCGCGGCCGCCAGCUACGCCCCGUCCUCGGUCGCUUGUCCGUCGCCCGUGCCGACGAUCCGGCAUGCGACGAACCUCUCGGCCGAGGAGACGGCGUGGUUGCCCGUCCGCGACCGGAACAUCGUCUCGGCCCUCAAGACCCUCCUCGGCCGCGUCAACAUCGGCGACAUCGACGUCAACGCCUACAUCGACAACAUCGUCAAGGAUGUCGACGCCGACGUCGCCGAAGCCUCGCUCCCCCGCAUCGGCAUCGCCGUCUCGGGCGGCGGCUACCGGGCCUUGAUGAACGGCGCCGGUGCCCUCGCCGCCUUUGACGACCGCACAACCCACUCGUCCGGCCAGGGCCAGCUCGCCGGCCUCCUCCAGGCAUCGACCUACCUCAGCGGCCUCUCCGGUGGCAGCUGGCUCGUCGGAAGCCUUUUCGUCCAAAACUUCACCACGGUCCAGUCCAUCGUCUCCUCGACGAGCGGCUUCCUCAGCACCCUCUGGCAGUUUGGUGACUCCAUCCUCGAAGGUUCGCCUCCUCCCCUCUCCCACGGCUCCCGCCGCCCUGCCUGCCCUCUGCUCACCUCGUUCGCUCGCUCGCUAGGCCCGAAAGGUCUGCGGACGGGACAAUACUACCGGGCCCUGCGCGACAGCGUCCAGGCCAAGACGGACGCGGGCUUCAACACGACCAUCACCGACUACUGGGGCAGGGCCUUGUCCUACCAGCUCGUCAAUCCCACCGAUGGAGGGCCUGCCUUCACCUUCUCCUCCAUCGCCAACUCGUCCGACUUUUCCCAGGCCCAGACGCCGAUGCCCCUCAUCGUCGCCAUCGAGCGCGCGCCGGGGCAGCUGCAGAUAGCGCCCAACUCGACCAUCUUCGAGUUCAACCCGUGGGAGAUGGGCUCCUACGACACGGGCGCCUCCUUCUUCGCGCCCCUGCAGUACGUCGGCUCCAACUUUAGCGACGGCGUCGUCGGCGGCGGCGGCAAGAAGUGCGUCACGGGCGUCGACAACGCCGGCUUCGUCAUGGGCACCAGCUCCUCCCUCUUCAACCAGGCCUUCCUCCAGCUCGGCAAGGUCUCGGCCGGGCCCGACUUCCUGCUCAACGCCUUGAACGAAAGUCUCGGCAACAUCGGCGAGGAGAACCGGGACAUUGCGAGCUGGCCCAAUCCAUUCUACAAGCUCAGCGCUGGCAGCAACAUCAACGCCAACGCCUCCCUCCUCACCCUCGUCGACGGCGGCGAGGCCCUGGAGAACAUCCCGCUGCAUCCGCUCACCCUCAAGGCGAGACGCGUCGACGUCAUCUUCGCCAUCGACGGCUCCGCCGACACCAACACGUCGUGGCCGAACGGGACCGCCCUCGUGGCCACGUACGCCCGAUCCAACGGCAACGACCCGCCCGCCAACAACACCCUCUUCCCGCCCGUGCCCGACCAGAACACGUUUGUCAAUCUCGGCCUCAACCGGCGUCCGACCUUCUUCGGCUGCGACAACUCCUCGACGCCCCUCGUCGUCUACAUCCCCAACACACCCUACACCUUCCUCUCCAACGUCUCGACCUUUGACCUCUCCUACACCGACACGGAGCGGGACCAGAUCGUGCAGAACGGGUACAACGUCGCGACCAUGGCCAACGCCACGGUCGACGCCAACUGGCCCGCCUGCGUCGGAUGCGCCAUCUUGGCCCGCAGCUUCGGCCGUACGAAGACCAAGGUUCCGGCCAAGUGCGUCGACUGCUUUUCGAGGUACUGUUGGAACGGCACGACGAACUCGACGCAGCCGACCCUGUACGAGCCGCAGCUCGUCGUCACGAGCGGGUCCGCGAGACGGGUGCAGGCCGUCGCCGCCGCCGCCUUGAUGCUUUCUACCUUUGCCAUGCUGUUCCUUGGGCUCGCAUGA